AUGGACGGAGAUUUCUUCUGGUCUCUCAUCCGAAAGCCACCUCGGGACUGCGACCACAUGCUGAAGAAGGCCAACGAAUACAUAAACGUGGAAGAUGCCCAGGCGGCAAGGAGGAAAGAAACAAUGUCUGAACCAUCGACGUCGGUCGAACAGAGGCCGCCAAUUAGCCAUCAGCCACCACGAGGACCCCGAGCCGAAGGGGCGCGACUACACCAGGAAGCUAGGCCUCAUGCAGUUCAGCACGUGGUCGCCGAGCGUCCAAAGUCGAAAGGAAAGGGGAGUGGGAUCAGAAUAUUACUGAUCUCUCCCCAAGAAGAGCGGAUGCAGCUGUUCGUUCAGUUAGACUACUGGGCGACCAAUAAUGAAGUUGAGUAUGAGGCGCUCUUAGCCGGCUUACAGGCUGCUCGGCACGUCGGAGCUAUCCGAGUCCUCAUACACUCAGAUUCGCAGUUAGCCGCUCAGCAGCUGAUGGGGACUUUCGAGAUAAGCAACACGCAUCUUAAGCUCUACGUAGAAGCCUUCAAAAAAUUGAAGGCCAACUUUCAGGAGGUAACCAUACAGAAGAUUCCUCGAGCGGAGAAUCAAUCGGCGGACGAAUUGGCCAAACUAGCGAGCUCACUGUCGCCGAUCGUGUUAGCACAGCCGACCGAGUAG